AUGUACCAGAUAAAAAGAAAUUUGAGAACGAGAGUGUUUUCACGUGCUGGGGAUGCUUGGAGGGCUUUCAAAACUAAGCUCACUAGAGAAUACAUAUUUGGAGAAAAGAUUGGUGUGCUCCCAUAUGACGAUAUUUACCCUUUUCUGGAUGCAGACACUUGGAAGGCUUUUGUUGCGUCCCGUCAAACUCCUGAAUUCUUGGAAAUCAGAAAAAAGGCUCAGGAGUCGCAAUCAUAUAAUCUAAGUCCGCACAUAUUAUCUCGUGGAGGCUACGAUCUUUUGAUGCAAAAGAUUAUGGACGAGAAAUACAGGGCAAGAAAAGAGGCCUCCACUAAUCUAUCGGAAUUUAUUCCACCCCCAUCUCCUCCUUCUCGUCAUGAAUUAUGGAAAAGAGCUCGUAUAACAAAGAAAGGAGAUUAUGUCUCAAAGGAAGCCAAAAUUGUUGCUGACAAAAUUGGCAGUUUCAAACAUGUUGGGAGAAACGAUAUACUCGCAACAGCGUUAGGAAAGCCUGAGCAUCCCGGGCGUGUGAGGGGAGUGGGUAAAGGUGUUGGGAUCAAGGACUUCUUUGGGCCGUUGAGCUGUUCAAGUGUAGGGAAAGAUAUGGUCUCGCGAGAUGAGAUGGAAACUAUCAUCAGUCGUAGGAUUGACGAAGUGAAAGACGAAUUAAAAAAAGAAAUAAUGAUGAUGAAUGGCAAAGGCUCUUCGAUUGACCAUAGUCCUGAUUCUCCGAGGAUCCAAAGCACUACAGAGAGUUGUGCUCCAAAUGUGUUAUCAUUGGAUGAACUUAGCGAGGAUAAAGAAUGCGAGUUGUAUGUGGAGAACCCACAAAGAAUUUUGGUUGCAUACGGACGUAUCCAUAACCUUGGGCCAACCAUUCACCACAAGAAGAUGAAUAAGGAUGAAGUGAGGGUUGUCGUAUUACGUGUAAUCGUUGGAGAUGCGCUCGUGCCAUGCCCGACAGAGGAGGUCACAACCGUAGAAGAAGCGUUAAAUAACUUCAUUACUUGGCCUCGUAGGUUGGUUAAAGGUGCAAAUGCUAAGGUAAUUCUGACCUAG